UAAAAUUGGUUCCAUUCUUAACUGUCAGUUAACUACAAAUUACCAACAAUUUUGAAAACAAUAAGUGGUUUUCGAAAACUUGCUUUUGGUGUCGCUUAAAAGCGUUUUUCAAACAAUAAAAAAAGAGGUUUUGUGUAAAACCAUGUCUUUUAGAAAUUAUUUGCUAAUUUUUAAAAAAAUAUAUAAUUUUUUGCAUCUUGCUGCAUUUUGAUAUUGCACGUAAGCGGUGCAAAACUCGCGCCAUCUGACGGAUAUUUUAUUAUAUGCUAUAAUUUAUUUAUUAUUUCCAAUAAAAAUUUCCAGUUGCGAAUUUUUUGAGAAGUUUGCGAGGUUCUGUUCUAUGUAAUGAUUGGGAUUUUAUAUACAACGAGGAAAAUAUUUACCCUUUUUUUGAGACCUCUAUCCUAUCUUUUGUGCGAAGUUUUAUAUAUAGUUCACAAAAUUCCAUAAAUAACAAAUGUUUAAAAAUAGACUGUUUGCAAACGCUUAUCGGGACCAAAAUAUAUAAAUGGCGGUCGUUUAGCAGCUGUUGUCAAAGUUUGAGUAUCUAUUAUAUUUGUCAAAAAAUAUACCAGUCCUCAUAAAAGGAACCAUAAAAGUUUCUCAAUUCAACUAAAUACCGCUAUUAAUAAUUUCUUAUUAUGAAUUGAACUAUACUGUAUCUUGCCCCUUAUUGUCGUUAUUUCUUUCCUUUCUGUCUAUCCCCUCGUUGAAUUAGCGAUUUGUAAUAAGGGAAAGUAAAAAAAAUAUCUUCGUAAUUUCUCAAUUUAUUAAAAAGAAAUAUGGGAAAAAUCAACACUAAAACGUACUCCUGCUAAGAAACUUAUCGCGUUCCUGCGAGAAAUCUACUCGAAGGUCCACGAAAUCUAGCGCAAGCAUACUCAAAACGAAACAAAAUACAGGCCGUCCGAAUUUUGACGCGGUGUCCCUCGGACACUCUCACGACAUUGACGGUUGUUUCUUUACGUAGGAUGGAGGAAAUCGACGACAAAAAUAUUAUUAUAAACGACCAAGACGGUCUGCCCAACGUCCACCCGAACUUGAUCCCGGAAGCGGACAUCGACAGUUCCGGCCACAACUCCGAGGACGAGUUCGAAGGUCUCCCCUCCUCUUUGAUCGUAACGAACAUUCACGAGUCCGUGUUCGGUAGUACCGAAAAGCGGCGAGAAAUCGAGGACUUGUUCCGCAUAUUCGACCCCGACGUUACCUUCCAAUGGCUUAAAAGUUUCAAACGGCUUCGGGUCAACUUCCAGACGGCGCCGGCGGCGGCCAACGCGCGCAUACAACUCCACCAGUAUCGCAUCAACGAAUCGGUGAUCACGUGCUAUUUCGCGCAGCCCGUGACGCCCGUCAAAAACCACCUCCAACCCCCCGCGCCUUACAAACAAUUUCUGAUAUCGCCCCCCGCGUCGCCGCCCCUGGAUUGGGAACCCAGACCCGAGGGCGAACCCAUAGUAAACACGGAUCUCAUUGCGGCGCUCGCGUCGUUAGCCCCCGGAAGUUCCUGCGAAUUGCACCCCCCGGGGCCUGGGCAGCCGGGCAUCGUGGUCCAUACGGCGCUGGGCGUCCCGACCGCCGACGCCACUGGCGGAAAACCCAAAAUCAUGCAGACCGCUUGUCCCGAAAGAAGUUAAUGUUAUUCCGCCCUUUAAAUGUAAAUAUAUACCCGGUGUAAAUAUGUGUGCGCGGCCUAGAGGGAGUAAAUCGGGACAAUUGUAGAACGACUGGUGUCCGUUCGAGCCCCAUCCAAAGGCAACAAGACAGCGAAAUAUUUUUCGUCAGUAUUAUCGGUGUCCUUUCGUCCCUGGACAGAGACCAUAACGUCGAAAUGCUCUUGUUAAGGUCACCAGGUCAUUUGAAAGUCACCUUGCACUCGUUUAGGAAGGUUAAGUUGAAGUCUCAGGCUGGACUCGCGUGGCCGUUUAAGAUCUAUGACUUUACCCACGUAUGUCAUUUAGGAUCCAAGCGGGUCUAGUCUCGAGAAACAUAACUUAAGCGACCUUUACACUUCCUUCGAGGCUGGCUGGAUGAUGUAUUUCUAAAUUCUUAUUCAGUUUCCUUCAAACGUCCUUCAAAGUGUACGCGAUCAAGCUGAAGGUCGGCUGGUUACUAAUGCGGGAACAAUUAUUAAUUCUCUUUUUCGACAAUUUGGAAUUCGUCCGACUGACGAAUCGACUUCUGCCUAUGACUUUAACAUUCGAUUGUUUUCUUCUAAAUUGGACACGUUACAAGUGAAAGUAAAUAAUCCUCGACAAGCUGUCUUUGCGUGCGGGGAAUAAUACAGGUAGUCGAAAAAGAAUUCUACUCCGGUAGAAACGCGAACAGAAGCCGUAGGUUACACCUUACCGUUCCUAUUUACAUCACGUACUUUAAUGUGGCGCAACAAAUUACAUCCAAAGAUCUGUGAAAAUCUUAAAACGUCUGUUUUAGGGUUUCUCGAAUACAUACCUCAAUAUUUUAAUGUACACUUUUCUUGAUAUUCACGAACUACUAUGUAUAUAAUAUAUAAAUGUGAUCUUAACGUUUAACAAAUACUUAAUAUGUACCAUAAUGUAAAUGUUAGUGUAUAAUCGCUACGAAUAAUUCGACAGAUGCCUAUAUGUUAAUCGUAGUUACAUUUUGUAAAUUUAUUUUCGAUGUACUUGGCAAAUACAUUUGAUCGAGGAACCUCGGCCUUUCACUUGAUCUGA